CCUACGUAUAUACAAGCGUCGUUAGCUCGCGCAGGGAUAUAUAUCCUCCCGUACGAAGCCGCGAAGCUUUUAGUUUUACAACUAUCCUUGCCGCGUACGCAAGCCGCAGCAAAGCGGACAGCAGCCCAUAUAGUAGCGACGAUUACGUUGAGAGAUAACGCGUGUGUGGUACCCCAUGUGCGUCGAUGUGCUGCAGCAGAUCUUUCGCGGAUGAGAGUGCGCGCGAGGCGUCUUGACGAUCGAGUGCAGUGCGAUUGAGUAUCGAUUCGGAGGUGUGUGUGCGCGCAACUUGGAGAAAACGGACAAGCUUCGCUCGGACGGAAGGAAGAAAGCUGCAUACAAGAUGCUGCGGUGGCCGAUCGGCGUCGUCCCUCGUCGCUGGAUCACCUUGCACUUUUGGACGGCAUCAGUACUCGUUAUUUUGUUUUGCAUCCAUCAUUCGUCCGGUCAAUUAGAUCUUCCCCCUUUAAGGGACGACGAUAAUCGAUUUGACCCACGUAACCCUCAAUUCCAAGGCGAUCGCCAAAACGAGGACGAUCGUCGUUUUCAAGAUGAGCAGCGCUACAGAUACGCUGAUGGUCAGCGGUAUCCACAGGACCUUCCUUACAAUCCCCGGGGAAACCAGGGCGGUGUCACUAGACGUCCACUCGACGACAAUCCUUACGAUCCACGAGUGAAUCAAGGUGGUGGCGUCACCAGACGUCCACUCGACGACAACCCUUACGAUCCACGAGUGAAUCAAGGUGGUGGCGUUACUAGACGUCCUCUCGAUGACAAUCCUUACGAUCCUCGGGUAAAUCAAGGCAGUGUAACCAGACGCCCCGUCGACGACAAUCCCUUCGAUCCACGAAACAACGGCGAGGGCAGAUUGGCGACGCCGCGUCCAGACGACAUCCCCUACGAGGACGAUCGAUACGCUCAAAAUUAUCCAGACAAUCGGGGCCGAGGGCCUCCUCCGACGUCGCCGCGUCGGCCGGAGAUCGAUCUGAGAAAUUUGCUGGCCGGCCUGGACUUUUUGGGCGCCGAGCGAUGCAGCGCCAACGUGGCUGCCCAGUGGAACUACGAGACGAACGUCAACGAGGUCACCCAGCUCCAGGCCCUGCAAGCUCAGAGGCUGUUCGCCGAUUUUCAAUUCCAAGCCUGGCUGCAGAUCAGUCAAAUCGAUCCGACCCUCGUGAGAGACCCGAUUAUUCGGAGAAGACUGAGGUACUUGUCGGCCGUUGGACCAGCGGCCUUGCCACCCGAUCAAUUGGACAGGUACAAUCGAAUCAUCAACGACAUGCUGACGAUUUACAACAGCGCAACCAUUUGCGCCUACAAAGAUCCUCUUCGCUGCGGUUUACGAUUGUUCCCAGAAAUAUCAACGAUCAUGGCCCGCAGCCGCGAUUGGGACGAGUUGCAGUGGGUCUGGACGGAGUGGCGUCGACGCAGCGGCACGCAAAUGAAGGAGCUUUAUCACCAGUUGGUCGAAUUAAACAACGAGGCAGCUCGAUUGAACAACUUCACUGACGCCGCCGACUAUUGGCAAUUUCCCUACGAAUCGGCCAAUUUCGAACGAGAAAUAGACGAAGUUUGGGAGGGAAUCAAGCCACUUUACGAGGAGCUUCAUUCUUAUGUGAGAAAGAGGCUCAGGGAUCUUUACGGGCCCGAAAAAAUCAGUGGUCAUGCUCCGUUACCAUCGCAUCUACUCGGUAAUAUAUGGGGUCAGUCUUGGUCAAACAUCAUUGACGCAACCCUGCCGUAUCCAGGAAAAAAUUAUUUAGAUGCUACAGCGGAAAUGCAAGCUCAGGGCUACCUUCCAAUAGAUAUGUUCAAAGUUGGAGAGGACUUUUUCCUCUCGCUAAAUUUAAGCGCACUUCCACCAGAAUUUUGGGGCGGAAGCUUCCUCGAAGAUCCUGGCGAUCGUCCACUCAUCUGCCAAGCCUCCGCUUGGGACUUUUGUAAUAGAAUUGAUUAUAGGAUAAAAAUGUGUACGAAAGUGACGAUGAAAGAUCUGAUAACGGUGCAUCACGAGAUGGCCCAUAUCCAAUACUUUUUGCGCUACAGUCAUUUACCGCGUGAAUUCCGAGAUGGUGCCAAUCCAGGUUUCCACGAAGCCGUUGGCGAGGCCAUCGCUUUGAGCGUGUCGACGCCCAAGCACCUACAGACUCUCGGCCUGGCCGACAAGUACAUCGACGAGCGAUCGGCCGAAAUCAAUUAUCUAUUCUCCUUGGCGAUGGAAAAAUUAGUCAUUCUACCCUACAGCAUUGCCCUGGACAAAUGGCGAUGGGACAUUUUCCGUGGUACCAUCAGCAGAGAGGAGUACAAUUGCCACUGGCACAGGCUCAAAGAGAUGUACUCGGGAAUCAAGCCACCGAUACUUCGCUCCGAGGAUGACUUCGAUCCUGGCUCCAAGUAUCAUAUUCCAGCCAAUAUACCGUACAUCAGGAACUUCGUGGCUGGUGUGCUGCAGUUCCAGCUUUAUCGAGCACUGUGUCAAGCCGCCGGUCAGAGGUCGUUCGACGACCCGAAAAAGCCGCUGCACAAGUGCGACUUUUACCGCAAUCCCGAGGCUGGCCGUAUAUUAGGACGCCUCAUGGAAAAAGGUGCUUCGGUACCUUGGCAGGACGUUUUGAUGGAAGCUACGGGUGAAAAUCGUCUGGAUCCCUCGGCUAUUCGAGAAUACUUCAGGCCGCUCGAAGACUGGCUGCGAGUGGAAAAUCUCCGCUCUAACGAACUCAUCGGAUGGACUUACGACGGAGACUACUGCAAGCGCAGCAUCCAGACGGCCGGCCUGCAGGUCUACGGCAACGGUUUCUACUUCGGCUACAACGGCGCGGCCAGCGAUGCCCGGCCCAGGCUCACGACUUUACUGCUGCUGGCCACCCUGAGCAGUCUAUUGCUGCCACUCUUAUCUAGCUUUUAAGUCGAGUCUCGACAUAUACGUAUAAUGUAGGAGUCCCCGAUUGUCUGUAUUGCCGCACGUACGUCCACUCGAUUCACGCGGCGUGUUCCCUUCGAUAUGUCUGUGUGUAUGCAUGUGUAUGUUAUAAUGUUUCAGCCGACGCGUAAAUCGAGUAAUGCGGCCCGGGAUCUCUGCACUUGUGCAAUACGCGUCGCGUUCCUGUGUACAACAAUGACACGAGCUCUCGAGACUCGAGCUUUCGUGGGCACUCGCUCCUGCUGCGGGAGAACGACGGCUAUAAGCGUGCGUGUGUGUAUAGCAGGCUAUUAUGCGUGUCACAUGAGCGCAUAUACAACGCCGCAAAUAUGAUACUUUCACCGACGACAGCGACGACGACUUACUGCCUUACUGCAAAAAUCAAAGCUAUGUACGCAUACAUCGGGAUCCGGAAACUCUCGUUGACCAAAGAGUCGCGAGUCCGCUGAGAAUGACGAAUGCCGCCGCACAUGACUUCGUUAUAUAGCCCAUCGUCGAUUUCGGUGCGCUGAUCGCCCGAGCAAAAUAAGCCCCCGGGGAGGAUGCGAUGCGCGAACGGCAAAUUUGGCCCAUUAAGAGCGAGGUAUUUCGCCCGAUCGAUUAGUGCUCUCUUCGUCGGCGGUCGCGACUCGCGAUCGUGCAUCGGCCGGAUUCCUUUUUGCGCAACCGAUCCGCCAUCGUAGCUUUUUUGCCUCGCCGCACGCGAAAAUUACCACCACAGCAGCAGCAGCAGCAGCAUCGAAAGGUGAAAAAAACAUUAAGUUAUUUACGAUUUUUCGUUCGUCGUCGUCGUGCCCGAGUGUGCCGAUUUUUGCGCAAUAAUAAUGAGUGCGUGCGAUCGCUUAUACAUGUAGAUGAUAAUAUACGUGACAAGCGCGAAUUCGCUGAAACGCAGCGCACGGGUGUUAAAAGUCUUGCUCUAGGGAGGAACUUGCAACAUUUAUAUGAAAACUUUUGCACGCACACGUGACGACGACGCGUAUGUGUACGCCGCGAGCCGAGUCGCUUUCGUUUCCUUAUAGACGCGCCGCUGACAUAAUCUUCUCUCUCUCACGAUCGUUUUUAUUUUCUCUCGAGCAUGUGAGCGGCUUUUAUAACGCACGCUCCGAUAUCGAGCGAAUAUAUUAUAUGCCAGUUUUUCACCAUAUAAAAACGGUACGAACAUGAAUGCGAUCACUUUGUAAUUAUAUACUUUUAAAUAAAUAUUAUACAUUUAUUCUAAUUAGUGUAAAUUAAACUUUAUAGACAAAAUAACAUUACCUUGUAAAUACGUUAUAGUAAUUACGAUUAGCUUUUAUUUAUACGACAUCGAAAAAAAAAAUGAGUAAAACAAGUAUGCAAGUAUUACAUGUACUCAUCUCUAUUGUAACUGUAAGGAUCGA